AUGAAUUCUCGUGCGACGCACCUCGGCUACUGUUACAUACAUAUAGAUACAUGUACCAAUACGCAGUGACGAACAAUCACGGGACUGACGUAAUCAACUGGGCCCCACUACUUGAACCGAAGAUCGAAUCGAGGUUUUAAAGUCCCUGACGGAGAGUAACGACGCGCCAGUACGUUCUUUUCGUUACCGAAGCUACGCGUUUCUAGACAACAAGGAUGAAGGCACUCUUAGUCAUUUUCGCGGUGCUGUAUAUUCAUACUGUGUUCGGCGUAGAUCCUCACGAGCACACCAAGGUAGUCUGCUAUUGGAAUAGUACUGCUUAUGAAAGAGAAGGUCCGGCAAAGUUUCAAAUUGAAAAUGUCAGACAAGCCUUGUCUCUCUGCACUCAUCUGAUCUAUGGAUACGCUCACAUCAAUUCCGAUUUUGAGAUUGUUUCCGGUUCGCCGAGUUUAGAUACCGGAUCGGGCUAUUCGUAUUAUAAACUCGCCACGCAGCUGAAGCGAUCGUUUCCUGAUCUGAAGAUCUAUUUGAGUGUCGGAGGAAACUCGGAUCCUUAUGAUGAGGAACACAAGUAUCUCGUAUUGACCGAGACUGCGGAAGGAAGAACGAAAUUCAUCAAUUCCGUUAAUCGUCUAUUGAAUGACUACGACUUUGAUGGAAUCGAUCUGGCGUGGCAGUUUCCACCAGUCAGGCCCAAAAAGCAGCGCAGCGCUUUAGGUUCUUUCUGGCACGGUCUCAAGAAGAAAUUGGGCUACGGAAAGUUCAAGGAUGAGAAGGAGCAGGAGCAUCGCGAUGGCUUCACUAUUCUGGUCCGUGAUCUCAAGACGCAACUCAGGCCGAGAUUCAAGUCCCUGACUGUCACUGUGUUGCCUCAUGUUAACGCUAGCGUCUACUAUGACGCCAGAUUAUUAGCACCCAAUAUCGAAGCUGUGCAUAUUUUCGCCUUUGAUCAAAAAACACCGGAACGCAGUGCGAAAGAGGCCGAUUUCCCGGCACCAAUCUACGGUAGUUACGGACAUGUGGUGGAUGACAAUAUCGAUAACGCGCAAAGUUACGGAUACGUGGGGGAUGACAAUAUUGAUGCUUCGGCAAGAUACUGGUUGGAAAACGGCACUCCGGGUAGCAAGAUUGUUAUCGGCAUCCCCACAUACGCUCGUACGUGGAAAUUGACGGCCGAUAGCCAGAUUUCUGGCGUGCCACCUAUCGAGACCGAUGGCCCGGGUGCUCCUGGACCCCAGACCAACGAACCAGGGCUGCUCUCCUACGCCGAGGUAUGCGCCAAGCUGACUGAACACGCGGCGGGACGAUUGCGACGUGUCGGUGAUCCGUCCAAGAAGUAUGGCAGCUACGCUUAUCAAUCUUACAACGCUGAUACCGGAGCAGAAGGGAUCUGGGUCGGUUACGAGGAUCCGGACACUGCUGGCAACAAGGCUGCCUUCGUGAAAUCCAAGGGACUCGGCGGUGUAGCAAUCGUGGAUCUGUCCCUGGACGAUUUCCGAGGUGUUUGCACCGGCGACACAUAUCCUAUUGUCAGAGGAGCUAAAUACAAAUUGUAAAAUGGAACGAGGAUCGAUCGGAUGAUAGCCGAAAUAAAAGUCAAAAGUAUUGAAAAGUAUUCAAUUAUCAUAUUCGGCUGAAGGAAUUGCAUUUGUCUCUAAUAAAUUUUGUAUGAUAGCCGCUGUUUGUUAACGGAAGUUAUAUAUUGUUUGACGAGUAAACUAUUGAGAUUUUUAAUGAUCGAGAAAGAAACUUUUCAACAAGACAAUUUUAACGAGAAUUGUAAUGUCGUUAUAUACAUAUUGAUCGCGGUGAUAAUAAAAAUAGCGAUGCUUUCCUAUUAUUCAAAA